CACGCGUCCUACGACUGCGAAGCGUCCGAGAGGGUAAAUUAAGCGACCUCGACAGUCGUCGCGCGAACACCAAGCUUUCCAGGAUAUUUCUUAAGUUUCUCCCUGAAGGGACAACUCAAGGGAUAGAUUUUAUAAUAAUUUCGUUGUUCUUCCGUUGAUUUUAUCCAUGUCUGGCUUUUCCAAUGAUACAUCAGCUAUAAUUUUGACCCAGGAAGGAUAGCCCGUGGUUGAUGACACAUUGGCGUUUCAAUGAAAUUUACAUCAUUAUUGAAAGAUAGGUUAAAAAAAAAAGAAACUUAGAUAUUGUAAAAAGGGGUUUAGUUUUGUUGAAUGAGAAUGGCAGUGGUUUGACACUGGCAAAAUUGAAAGGAACAGUUUGAAAAUUCGAAAGAAGGGACGAUCGCGCGGUCGAAUAACGGCCGAUUUGUUGUCAAUUUGUUGAUCGCGUGCAGUACCAAGGACCUUGUAACAGUGGCAACCGGAAGUGAUAGUACGCAGGGGAAAUCAAGACAGUGAUUAAUGGUGGUGAACUAAUUGCGAAUAUAAAGCGCAAAUAAAGAAGACAAAUAGAGAAGAGUGGAACGUCACGGAUUGCGUAGUUUUGUGAGAUAUCGGUUUCGAAUAGAUACAGCUUCGACUAAACGACAAGAUGAUAGAAGAGACUGCAAUGUUUGAUAUGACAGACGAGUUGUUGUUUUCCGCGUUGGGCUUGACCAUGGACACAGGUGUCGAGAGGCAACUGUUCUCCACGAGCUCAACGACCUUUACCUAUGACUACGAAGCGUCCUCUUGCAGAACGACGCCGCGCAGCGACGACUCGGAAUCCAUCGACGCACAAUCGAAUAACAUUGGGAAUAUGAUCGAGUGUUACACAGAUCUGACUUGCCCGGCGAAAACAUCUUGGAACGAGUGGUCUGAUAAUUCGAUGCCAUUAUCAGGCACAGGAUGUUUGAGCGAACUGAGCGAGUUAGAUUCGGAGUUGGAAUGGUGUUUAGAUAGAAGCUGGAACUCGGGACUGCCAGAGAGGACACCGUUGUGCACAGCAGGCUGCGAGGGUUUUCUACAUCUUCCUCUGCCUAGCCCACAGCAAACGUUUCAACCAGAGGAACCAUUAUGGGUGCUUGGGAUCGAUUUGAAAGCGCUCGAUGAUACGUUGGAAACUAACGGAAUAGAUUACAACAACAAUCAAGUAAGAGAAAAUAUUUCAUCAGCAGCUGCCGCAGCAUUGGCAACCCACGACUAUACUAAUCGCAGUCUGGCGAAUGCGGCGGAAGAUCGAUGUUUUCCUUGCACUUAUCAGGGAUGUGUCAAGGUCUAUGCAAAAGCAUCUCACUUAAAAGCUCAUCUACGUCGGCACACGGGUGAGAAACCAUUUGCGUGCACAUGGUCCGGUUGCGGAUGGCGUUUUAGUCGAUCUGAUGAACUGGCCAGGCAUAGACGAUCGCACUCUGGCAUAAAGCCUUAUCCUUGCGAAAUGUGCUCAAAAAGGUUCGCGCGAAGUGAUCACUUGGCCAAGCAUCGUAAAGUACACAGAAAGAACACGUAUCCAUUAUUUCAUGGAGGAAGAGGGCUACGCGGAGGAAAGAUAAAUUCAAUUCUACCAGCGGAAAUUUAGUCUUACAUAUAUAAAUUUAGUCAAUUUAUCUUACAUAACGAAAAUGGUAUUGAACGAAGAGUCGUUGGAUGAAUGUUCUUUCAAUUUCUCGAAUCUGAAGAUUUUACAGAUUCCUGCUUGAUAAUCAAUGAAAAAAUCGAAAAGAGAUAUCAUAUAUCAUUCUCGAUGUGUGAAAACCAUAAAAAAUUUUCAUGAAGCUAACAAAAGAGAUUAAAUAAGAUAUUUUCUAUAUUUUUCUUUCAUGAUGCCGAACUGGAUUGUUUGACAAUAAAUUGUUAAAAAUACGAUAAAUUGUUUGUCAAUUAUUUAAUUAAUUAGUACGAUUUUAAGCAAAUUGAAAUAGUUGUACAAUAUAAUGCUAUUUAGAACUAGGCUGUGAAAAACCUCAAAUUCUUGAUUAACACGAAAUGCAUUACUAUAUGUACCAAACAUGUACUUAAAUACCGCCG